UCAGAGGAAGAGGGAGAGGAGGAGAGAGAGAGUGAACUACAUCCUAGAGAAAUGCAUUCAGAUAAGGACUUGUGCUAGACCCAGUAGUAAAUACCCCUCUCUCUAUCUCACUCACCAAAUGACCUCCUUCCUGCAUUUCCCAAAAAACAGUUCGAUCUUUAAUGCCCCUUCAAAAAUCUCUCUCUCUCUCUCUCUAUCUCUUUCUCCCCUACACAAUUCAAACUUCUUCAACAAAAUCUGACCUCUCAACCUCUUUGAAAAAAAUGCCACUUUGACUCUCUCUCUCUCUCCGUGUCUUUUUGACUUGGGUUAUCUUUUCAUUUGCAUUCUCCACUUUGAGGUGCCAAAACAAAAACUGGGUUUGUGCUUAAACACUGGCAUUGACUCAAAGUUGUGGCCUUUUUAAAAUAUAAGUUUCUGAAGAGUGGUUUUUGGAAUUAUUGGAGUUUGAAAGAUUAGAGCUUAGGAUUGGAUGCAUAUGGUUAUGGGGUUGCCUUUGAAGAUGCUUGGUGUCUAAGGCUUUAUAAUGAGUUGGUGACAGUGGACCUGUUUCCUUCCAGUCUCUCUUGCUCUUUCCCUUAAGCAUGAAGCCUUUUUGUUGUUUCCCUUGGUUUGAGCUUGUCCUAGAACUGAAUAGUGAGUAUUAGAGCAGGAGGGGGCAUUUUGCAUUGAGUUGCAAAGUUGGGGCUUCAAAAUUGCCUUUGAAAGAUAACCGAAAUAAAUGCAUGGAUCGUAGGGACCCUAUGGCAUUGUCGGGGUCAGCCUCUUACUUUACAUCUAGAGGAAUAACUGGGUCCGGAACACUGUCUGGAUUACAUGGAUCGCCAGGCAUUCAUCCCUUAUCUAAUCCAAAUAUAGCAUUUCAAUCUAAUAUUGGAGGAACUAACAUUGGGUCAACAUUGCCGGUAGAGCCUUCUUCAGCUAUUUCAUACCAUGGUGUCAAUGUGGGUGCACCAACUGUGGCACCACCAGGCGAAUCUUUGAAAAGGAAAAGAGGAAGGCCUCGAAAAUAUGGACCUGAUGGGACUGUUUCAUUGGCAUUGUCUCCUGCAGCAUCUGCUAAUCCUGGUACGGUAUCAUCAAGCCCAAAACGAGGUAGAGGGCGGCCACCAGGGUCUGGGAAGAAGCAACAAUUAGCAUCUCUUGGCGGAUUGCUGUCUGGUUCGGCUGGGAUAGGUUUUACUCCACAUAUUAUCAGCAUUGCAGUGGGAGAAGACGUUGCAACAAAAAUAAUGGCGUUUUCACAGCAAGGGCCAAGAGCUGUGUGCAUCUUGUCAGCUAAUGGUGCCGUCUCUACUGUGACACUUCGUCAGCCCUCAACUUCUGGGGGUACAGUCACAUAUGAGGGACGGUUUGAGAUUAUAUGUCUCUCAGGUUCUUACUUGCUCAAUGAAAUUGGUAGCUCCCGAAACAGAAGUGGCGGUCUGAGCGUCUCCCUUGCUAGUCCUGAUGGUCGUGUCAUUGGUGGUGGAGUAGGAGGGAUGCUUAUUGCAGCAACCCCUGUUCAGGUGAUAUUAGGUAGCUUCACAUGGGGUGGUUUGAAGACAAAGAACAAGAAAAAGGAAGCUGUAGAAGGUGUCACAGACUUGGAACAUGAGACGGUUGACAAUUCAGUUGCACUAAACAGCAUUCAACCAGAUCAAAGUCUUAGCCAAAGUGCUUCAUUGGCCGCGUGGCAGGCAUCACAGCCACUGGAUAUGCAUAACAGUCAUGUUGACAUUGAUUUGAUGCGAGGGUAACUAUUUCGUUUACAUGUUCAUUGUGUGUAAAUUUCAGUUUCAUUGCUAGUUACAUUUAUUUUUCUUUGAAGCAUCGAUGACGGAAAACAGAAGCCAGAUGAUUGUGGGCUUCGAUGAUUCUAACUUCAUUUAUCCAUGAUAGACAUUGGGAAUGUACUAUAUUUAUUUAGUUUAAUCAAAAUUUAGUUUGAAAUUGAGCAUUCA